AUGGCCAAAGAGUUGCAAUUAGAGUUUAAGGGAGAGUACAACAAGUUUCUAGAAUAUAAUUUUCAUACCGAUAAGGAUGAGCCCAUACAUACCAAAUGGAUGUCCGGUUUGCAGACCAAUAUGUGCUACAAUGUGUUGGACAGGAUUAUCGAUAGCGGAAAAGGCAAUGAGUUUGCAUAUUAUUGGUUGGCCAACGACUCGGUGGACAUCGACCGCAGUCUGACAUACAAUGAGCUGAAAAGCCAAGUCUGCAAGUUUGCCAACGCUUUGAAGAGUGUCGGUGUAAAUACCGGCGAUCGGGUGGCCAUAUAUAUGACUAUGACUUUAGAGGUAGUGGUGGCAAUGCUUGCCUGUGCUCGCAUUGGUGUUAUUCAUACAGUUGUGUUUGCAGGAUUUAGUGCCGAAGCACUGGCCGAUCGUAUGCGAGACAGUAGGUGUGUGCUUUUGAUAACAUGCGACGGCGCCUAUAGGGCCAACAAGUUUGUGCCAUUGAAACAGAUAGCCGACAAUGCGAUAGAUAUUUGCAGAGAUAAUGAUCACUCGAUUAUGCAUUGCAUUGUCUAUCAACAUCUUAACCUACCGGUGCUUAACAAACAUUCUACUAUUGAUGACAAUAAGAAAUCAAGUCUAUCAGCAAUUAAGUGGAACACUGAGGUUGAUCUGUGGUGGCAUCAAUUGAUGGCCGAUCAGUGCGAUCGUUGUGACCCGAUUUGGUUGGAUGUCGAACAUCCUCUCUUCAUAUUGUAUACCAGUGGUAGUACCGGUAAACCAAAAGGUAUUAUACAUACAGUAGGCGGUUAUAUGCUAUACUCGGCCACAACUUUUAAAUAUGUAUUUGAUUAUCGCGCGRGAGAAGUAUUUUUCUCUACGGCCGACAUGGGAUGGCUUACAGCUCAUACGUGUAGUUUAUAUGGACCGCUACUAAAUGGCGCAACCAUUGUGCUUAUGGAAGGAACACCGUUUUCCCCCAAACCUGACCGUCUCUGGAAAAUAGUGGAUAAACUUGGGGUCAACAUCUUCUAUACGGCUCCGACAGUCAUCCGAUCAUUAAUGACUUUUGGAGACCAUUUUGUUACAGACUAUAGCCGUAAAUCAUUACGUUUAUUAGCUUCUGCCGGUGAAACUUUGAAUCCUCAAACUUGGUAUUGGUAUCGGGAUGUUGUAGGUAGUGGCCGGUGUGCAGUAUUGGACACUUAUUGGCAAACAGAAACGGGUGCUCCUAUUAUAGCCCCGUUGCCCGGUUGUAUGGCGCUAAAACCAGGCUCAGUAGGUCUUCCGUUUUUUGGUAUCGUUCCGGUCAUACUCGAUAACAAUGGCAAUGAAUUAUCGGACGGACCGGCCAAUGGUGUGUUAGCUCUAAAAAAGCCGUGGCCAGCAAUUGCCAGAACUAUUACGGAUAAUCAUCGCCGAUAUAUUGAUUCAUAUUUUACUCAAUCUUCGGGUUUUUAUUUUACUGGUGACGGAGUUUAUCGGGACAGUGAUGGCUAUUAUUAUAUUACCGGACGAAUGGAUGAUACGCUCAACAUAUCAGGACAUUUGUUGUCUACUGUUGAGAUAGAGUCGGCAGUCAGCGGUCAUCAGGCAGUGGCCGAAGCGGCCGGCAUAUCUGCUAAUCAUCCAAUCAAAGGUCAGUGUAUUAUAAUUUUUGUAGUCAUAAAAUCGGGAGUGGAAUAUGACUGUGCACUGGACCAGCAAAUCAAGGACAGGGUUGCCGUUAAAAUUGGACGAUUAGCAGUACCUGACUUUAUAUUUGAGGUACGGGCUCUACCGAAAACUCGUUCGGGAAAAUUAAUGCGUCGGGUUUUGACCAAAAUUUUGACUAACGAUAAAGAUUUCGGCGAUAUAUCGACAAUAGAAGAUCCGUCUAUUAUUGAAGAUCUAUUGAAUAAAUUUAUUUUUACAAUAAUUUGUUUGACUUAUUGUCAUUCAAGUCAUCAAACAUUACCAAACAUUGUACUGAUUAGUGCCGACAAUAACGGUUGGACUGACAUUGGCUAUCACUCGGAUUACAUGAGGACACCAAAUAUUGACAUAUUGGCCGCCGACGGCAUUGUUUUAGAUAAUUACUAUACUUAUCCAUUGAGAACCGGUAGUAGGGCUGCACUGUUCAGUGGUGUUCAUCCGAUUCAUAACUGUGCUCACAAUACUGAAACUUGCGGUAAUAGUCAUUGGGGUUUUCCGAUUGAAUUGAAUUUAAUGUCUCAGUAUCUUAAAAAGUAUAGCUAUGCCACACAUGGUGUUGGUGAAUGGCAUUUGGGAUUAUCUAAAGAGAAAUAUUUGCCACAAAAUAGAGGGUUUGACUCAUAUUUGUUUUCAUCAUCUGAUUCUGGUUAUACUAGUAGUCGUCUAAAUUGUUUGAAAAGUCAAUUGAAAGACAAUCAUAACGAUUAUGACGAGUCAGAUAUAUGUCAACAACUGGACUCAUCACAUAACCAUAUGUUAACUGAUGUCUAUUAUCCACUAAAGCAUUAUAACAACCGGUUUAUGACUAUUAUUGACAGUCACAACAAAUCUCAUCCACUAUUUCUUUAUGUGGACUAUGAAUCCAAUACUAAACUACAGGUUCCACAACAAUAUAUAGAUAUGUUUUCACACAUCAAAUGUGAAAAUAGGAGAAAUUUUACGGCAAUGGUUUACGGGAUUGACGAGUCUAUCGGUGUAAUUGUUGACCGAUUGUAUAGAAAAGGAUUGUUAGAUAACACUAUUAUUAUGUUUAUCGGUGGCAAUGGACAGCAAUACUAUAUUAAUGAUCAUAAUUUGUCAUUAAGUGGUGUAAAAUAUAGCUUACAAGAGAAAGACUUAAAAGUUUCGUCAUUCAUAUGGAGUCCACUAUUGAAAACUAGUCGAUAUAUAUCUCAAUCACUGUUUCACGUGACAGACAUUUUGCCGACAUUUUUGGAGGCCAUUGGAAAAGACAUCGACACAAAUGCGCUUAAUAUGUAUGGAAUAUCACAGUGGAAGGCAUUAUCAUAUAAUGAAGAGUCCAUGCGAUCUGAGCUUCUCCAUAUAAUUGAUCCAUUGGCCAACAUGUCGGCUAUUAUACGACACAAUUGGAAAUUAGUGCAAAAUAUGGGAAAAUCUCAACGGGACAGUGAGUUUGCAUCAUGUGAUCACCAGUCUAUACAAUAUACCGAAGCGGAGGUUAAACUACAUAAAGCCCUACAAAAACUGGACCGAUUUGAUUGUGCCGCCUAUCGGGUGCUUAAUCAUAUGCACCGACAGGCAAACUAUGAACUUUGGGAAAAAUCUGUAAUCAAUUGUAAUGAUGAUGACCUGAUGCCGACACAACAGACCUGUCGACAACAGGACAGGGAAUUGUGUUUAUUUAAUCUAAAAGACGAUCCGUGCGAAUGUCAUAACAAAGCACACGACAAACCAGAAGUGGUAGAUAUGUUAUGGAAGAAAAUCAUUGAAUUAAAUCAAACUAAUGUUCCUUCAGAUUGGGAAACAUUGACAGCAGAUAAUUUUUUUAAAUGA